AGAGCUGAGCAGCAGCUAGAACAAAAACAGGAGAGUAGUAUAUAUCAUAUAUUUGUUCAUGAUGUCUUUGUUUGAAAAUAACUUUCUGUUUCCACCACCACCAUCAAUAUACAUGUCAACCAUGUCCGUAAUCACUCUCAUAGCUUUAGCGAAUCUUGGAUUCUCAGAGCUCAGAGGGAAACAUCUCCACUACUCAAAAUUCUGGAAUGUUGGCAGCGAUUCGAAAGCUGUUAAACUCUCUAGCAGAACAGGUAUGCUCAUCUUGUACACACCGGCUUUCGUAGCAGGUGCCGUAUCUCUCUGGCUUUGCUUUGAUACUCAUGACUUGAGAUUCUUGUUGGUGAGUUCUGCUCUUGCUUUUCAUUUCUUCAAAAGGGAUAUCGAGGUUUUGUUUGUUCACAAGUACAGUGGAGGCAUGGUGCUCGACUCAACAAUCCUCAUCUCUCUAACUUACUUCUUCUGCUCAGUAAACAUGAUUUAUAACCAACACUUACUGCAAGGUGUUCCAGACCCAGAGAUCGAUCUGAAGUUCAUCGGUGUCGCGUUGUUUUUGGUGGGUAUUGUUGGGAGCUUUUACCACCAUUGCAUACUUUCAAAUCUAAGGAAAGAAAAGAGUGGUGGAAGUGAUAAAGGGUAUAAAAUCCCUAAAGGAGGUCUAUUUGGAGCUGUAGUUUGCGCACACUAUUUUUUCGAAAUUCUAACGUUUAUCGGGAUCUCGUUGAUGGCUCAGUCAUUGUACCCUAUCUGUUUCGCUAUCGGAGAUACAUGUUAUUUGAUAGGAAGGAGCUAUGCAACUAGGAAAUGGUAUCUUUCUAAGUUUCCAAACUUUCCUAAGCAUGUCAAGGCCCUCAUCCCUUUCGUUUUUUAGAUGCGUAAACUCCAAAAUUCAAACUGCUAUUAUUGUUUUUCUUUCUCUCUUUGAACAUGUAAAAAAUAUGGCGUUGAACUCAGAUCUCUGGUAUUAUCACCCAAUAACUUUACCAAUGUACUACAGUAACAUAUGCACAUGUGUAACUGUUAGUCGCCCUGUGUAACUGUUAGUCGCCCUGUGUAACAAUGUGGCUAUGUGGUUUCAUAUGCAUCUCUUACGUAAUAGAAUAUUAAAUGAAUUUGCAAGUGC